AGUCGCGCGCGCAGUCACCGAACACGGGCGGCACCGCACUGCAGCGCGUGUAUGUGCGUACAUUGCACGUACCGUCCGACACGUACAUUGCGUAUCGCGCGCCCGGUGCGGCCGACGGAGACACGGAGGGACAGCGGAGAACGACGACGGCGCGGCCGCUCACCCGUCGCUAUCAGCAGCACCACAGUCGCCGUACGCCCCGCGGACGGGACGACCGCACCGCCGAGACGCCGCCGGAGGAAAAGCGCACAAGGUAAUCGUAACGUUAUUCCACGACUCGUACACACGUCCGCCGUUUCCGGGGCGUCCCCAACCCCCGCCCCACGUGUGUGCGCGCGCGCCCGCGUUCACCACACCCCGCAGGGCCACAACCCCGCCCCUCCACCCCGAUAUGAACUCUUCUCCGGCGGUGCAGCAGCAGGCUCACCACCACCGUCAGCAACAGCAGCAGCAGCAACAGCAGCAGCAGCAGCAACAGCACCAGCAGCAGCCUCAACCAUCCGUCAACAUCAACAACAAUAACAACAACAACAACAACAACAUCAUCAUCGGCAACAAUAAUAAGGACGAGAUGGCCAUGGGACAGUUGUUACAGCGAUCCCUGCAGAACGUCGCGCUCUCGCUGCAGACCACGUUCGUUUCGUCCCUGCAACAGGCCGCCUUACUGCCACCCGACUCGCCCGUAGCCGCGGCGCUCAACCUGCAAGCCCUCGAGUCGUACAUCACGUUGCAACGGCUGACCGCCGUGCCCCGUCAACCGGCCGCUAGCGGUGGAGUGGUGGUCGUGCAACAAGUGUUGAGCGACGACGACAAUGAUGAUGACGACGACCCGUCGCCGACGGACGACCGCGACCGGCACAAACCGUUACCGCCGGCAAGGGACCCUAAAGCCACGGCCGCUAUCGUUGUCACAGCCGCGGCGGGCAGGGGAGGCUGUCGUCUGCCGGCUUUCGCAAAAGAGUUGUCCGGCCUGUCGCCGCGAGCCAAUCGGUUGUCCGCGUCGCUGACCGCGGCCGCCGUAACCUCGACCGCCGCCGUGGCCGCCACGGUCGCGGCCACCACCACCACGGUCAUCGACGACGAACCGUCCGCGGCGGACGAGCCGGUGUGCAGCGCGCGGCACCAACCCGACAACGCGGCGCCCAACCCCAGGCCCAAGAAACAGUUCAUCUGCCGGUUCUGCAACAGGCACUUCACCAAGUCGUACAACCUGCUCAUACACGAGCGCACCCACACGGACGAACGGCCGUACUCGUGCGACAUUUGCAAGAAGGCGUUCAGGAGACAGGACCACCUCAGGGACCACAGGUACAUACACUCCAAGGAAAAACCGUUCAAGUGCCUGGAAUGCGGCAAAGGGUUCUGCCAGUCGCGCACGUUGGCCGUGCACAAGAUUCUGCACUUGGAGGAGUCGCCGCAUAAGUGUCCCGUGUGCAGCCGCAGCUUCAACCAGCGGUCAAACCUGAAAACGCACCUGCUGACGCACACUGACAUCAAACCGUACAACUGUCCCACGUGCAGCAAAGUUUUCCGCCGCAACUGCGACCUGCGUCGGCACAGCCUCACGCACAACCUGGCGUCCGCGUCCCUGUCGUACGUGACGACCGCCGCCGCCGCGGGACAGCAACCAGCCGCGUCCCUGCGCGAUGUCGACGACUGCAGCGCGUCUAACGCUGAUCUCAUUUGAAUAGUGAAAAAAAAACAAAAAACUGAACGGGUCGAAAAAACGCUCUCUCUCGUCGAGGUUGUCGAAAACGAAAUAUGACUUCCAAAAAAAAAAAUUUUUUUAAAUGCGAAUCCCGUAGCCGGAUGAAACCGCGAACCGGAACCAUCAUGUACCUCGCGUGGUCCAAACGACGGUCACGGGAAAUCGGACCGCGACGUGCUCGCAGGGCCACUGCCGUUCGUAAAUAAAUUUACUGUCACGCGCUAGAAACAGAGCUGUUAUUCUCUUCGAAACGCGUAUGUUUUUAUUUUUAUGUGUAAUCAUCGUCUUCCUGUAAAUUAAACGUUUAUAUUUCUGUUCACGGCGCAGCUUAACUUUGUUGCGCUCGCGUCCAGCACGACCAACCCGACAACGUUGUACGUACGGGGUGAUUUUCAUCUUGUCGUUAUAUCAACGCGACUCGUCGUCGGGGGGGGGGGAACUCCUAUAUAACGCUAGCUCAUAAGUUGUAAACAUCUAAUAAAUCGCUUUGUGUACUGAUCA